GAAAUCGUCGGUCAGCUGAGGAGAACGUACGUAUGAAACCAUUCAUUCAAAACCUUCAUUUCAGAACAAGUCAACCUUGUUUGUCAUUUUCAAUGAACAACAUUUGUCUGAUUGUGGCUAUCUCGCAUGGUUGUCAUUGAGGACCGGUGAUAGGCAAAACAUGACAGCGAAACCAAAAAUGAGAAUACUCCAGCCCUCCCUGGGAGGGAGGGAAUGGACAACAAGCACAUCUAAUUUUAGCCCCGAAAGUAUCAAUCUUCCCCAACAGUGUUAUGUCUUCCUAGACCAUAACAACUACCCCGACAUAGGCUCACGUCGCGACCGAGCUCUAGAGCAUUUCCAAGUCCCUGCUUUUGUUGGCACUAAGACCUGUUUUGACCUGAAUGGCUUCUUUGGCAGCCAGGUAACCUAUGACGAGACCUCCUCCCACAAGCGCAUGAUCGGACUUACAACAUGGUUCCGCGUCCUUAUCAAAAUGGUCCAAAAAGUCGAGGAAGCCCAUGACAACCUCCCCGAGUACGCCACCAGUGGAGAGAAAGGCUACAAUUGGUUCGAAACAACUAUUUUUACCCGAUGGGACUACCCAGACAAGCACCAGGUUUUAAUUGUCGACACACCUUCGGACUUCCCUGAGCAACUUAUUUGCCUUCUUCAAAAAGCGUCACUAUCGGGGCAAAUCAACUUUCACGAUCCCUUGGCAAUGCACACCAGUCUCAUCGAUCAGAUAAUCGUGUAUUCCGACAUCUCUGUCUGGCGGAUCCGAGACCCGGUCCGUCAAAUAGAGAAGAGUCGCAUGCGAACCGGCGCCAUCUUCAGUGAGGUCCACGAGAUGUCGCGUCACGCCAUCCAUUCCUCGGAAGUUCUUGAAGCGACCAUUGACACCCUCAAAGACUUGCAAAGAUGCCGAAUGAUGAUUCACGACUCUUUCCCAUCCCGGCCUCCUCCCAUGGCAGCAGCCACUUCUGCUUCCAGAGAGGCGACAACCCCAACUUACUUGACGCAAACUUACAAAGACCAGGCCAUCCAAUAUGCACAGUUCCAAAUCUCUCUACUCAAAAACUUGAAACUACGGGCCGACAGUAACAGGGAACGACUGAAGAAUGAGAUCAACACGGCCUUCAACAACCUCACCAUGCAAGACAACUCGGUCCUCAAGAGCAUAGCCCUUCUCACUAUGGUCUUCCUCCCAGCAACAUUCUUCUCCUCCCUCUUCAGCACAACUUUUUUCAACUACGGCGAUGACGGGGAGUGGCAGGUAUCGGGGAAAAUGUGGAUUUAUUGGGUCACCACCCUCCCGGCAACGAUCCUCAUUGUUAUUCUUUGGAGGGUGUGGCUCGGAAACAGUGAUGCUAUUGUUGCUGGUUGGAAAAGAGUGAAGAAAUGGACAUUAGAAGAUCAGGGGUGGAAGGGGUUGUGGAGGGGGGCGGGGAACACGAAGGAGCAGAUGGUGAAGGAGGAGGGCACGGAGAUGGGUCAUGUUGGUAAAAAUGUUCGUACUUUUUGAUGUUGAAAGAGUUUCAGCUAGGAUUUGGUUAGACAGAUUCUCAUGGGAGUGGUUACCUAGGCCGAUUUGUAUUUCGUGUACCUAGGGGUCCCUUAUAUGACAACAAUACACCCAGGCAUGGUGAGUUCCCCUUACCACGGAAUAUCCAUCUUCUCCAACGUAUCCUCUAUCAACCUAUACCGGCAUGCCUUUCCAUUCGUCAGAAGCUUCUGCCAGUUCCUCUUGUCCAGAUCCCGAAUAUUCGCCGCCAUAAUCUCCCCGACCGUAACCUUCCCAUGGUUCCCC